AUGGAACAACCCCCCGAAGCCGACUCAGCGGAGAGCAGAGGAGAUUUCCUCCCCAAGUACGACAUCGAUGUCUACAAUGUGAUCACCAGGUUAGGCUCGUCAUCUCCACGCAUAGAUGCCUCACAGCGUGUACCUAGUGAAGAGAAGCGACCAUCAUCAACUAGAUCUCUCAAGAAAGCACAAUACACGACAGCGAACGCAGAGAAAGUUCCAUGUCUUGGAGGCGACCAGAGCUCGCACGCCUCCGUCUCUCCAGCCCGAAGCACCCCCGCCCGCAGCUCCUUCGAGACCGACCUCAACAGAUCGGCGUCGCCAAUUACAAGCGCUAACGACGCUUCACAAAAUGGACAAGACGCCCCAAUUGACGUUGACGACAAUGAAGAGAUCGAGGGGGACGAAGACCUCAACACAGGCGACGAGACAGACACCGCUGACACCAUCAGCGUUCCGAUCAACUACAAAGACGCAUCGGGUAUAACCAAUGAAUACCACCUCGACAUCAACGAAACAGAACUCAUCAUCGGCCAAGCGCGAGGCUACGCCUACAUCGGAAACGAGCACCAAGAGACAGAUGAAGAAGCCAUAGCCCGCGAGAAAAAGGAAUCCCAGACGAAUUGGAUGACGGGUUGGUUAGUGCACGCGAAUCCGGAAAAGUAUCAGGUCAAACCGAAAAAGUUUGUGCCUAGUGGUAAAGGCAAAGGGGGCGGUAGGUGGGUGGACGUAGAUGAGGACGAUAAGGUGCGCGUUGUUGUGGAGUGGAAGAAGGCGCUGUACAGAGAUAGGCGAUGGUUCGUAAAUGUUGACGUGGAAGAGAUUGAAGAAAGGAGGACGACGAAGUUGGGUGAUCCGCCGCUGCAGUAUAAGCUGGAGGUCCCGCGACCCAAGCCUCCGCAGUCUGGUCUCCUGCGCGAUGGAGAUGAGCUUAUCGGUGCUCCAAGAUGUUUAGCUGGGCCGUCGAAGCGCUGUCAGCCGCCGCUUAUGGGGAAGUUUUCGGUGGAGCAGAGGAAGAGGUAUGCGGGUAAAGAGUGGCCGGCAAGGAGGAUUGCGGAGAUGAACAUGGAUGGCUCACGGUAG